CAUUUGUUUUAUUUAUCUCUCUUAAUAACACCUCUGUUUCCUUGCAGUUCACGACUUCACGCUAAAAGCCUGUUCUUUCUCCUUAGUCCUUAUCUCUGUCUGCGUAUUAAACCCGAGCUUUUCAAGCAUUCUUCUUUGCUUGCAUUUGUCAAGGCAGAAGUAACGUUUCUUUUCUUCUUCUUCUUCGUCUCCUGUGCGUCGCCUUUUUUGUGUUUGUUUCAGUGUUUGACGAUGGAGGAAGGGGUGCUGUUGGAGAAGUUAAAGAAAAGGUUGGAGCUUUAUGGGAUUAUAGUAAUGGUGAUGGUGUUUCUUUCUCUUUGUCCUCAUGCUUCUUCACUCAAUGGCGAAGGGAAGGCAUUGAUGUCAAUGAAGGCGUCGUUUAGCAAUGUGGUAAAUGUGUUGCUUGACUGGGAUGAUGUCAACAAUUCAGAUUUUUGUUCAUGGCGUGGUGUCUUCUGUGACAAUGUCAGCCUCUCUGUUGUUUCCCUGAACUUGUCAAAUUUGCUUCUAGGUGGGGAGAUAUCCUGCAUUGGUGAUUUGAGGAACUUGCAGUCCAUAGAUUUAGAGGGGAACAAAUUAGCUGGACAAAUUCCUGAUGAAAUUGGAAACUGUGGUUCUCUUGUUCACCUGGAUUUAUCCGACAAUCUUUUGUAUGCUGACAUUCCGUUCUCCAUAUCAAAGCUCAAGCGGCUUGAAUUUCUGAAUUUGAAGAACAAUCAACUAACAGGUCCUAUUCCUUCAACAUUAACUCAGAUUCCGAACCUGAAAACAGUUGAUCUAGCAAGAAACCAGCACGGGGAGAUACCCCGAUUGAUUUAUUGGAAUGAAGUCUUGCAGUAUCUUGGGUUGCGUGGCAAUAUGUUGACUGGAACUCUUUCACCUGAUAUGUGUCAAUUGACUGGCCUGUGGUAUUUUGAUGUUCGAGGAAACAAUUUAACUGGUAAUAUCCCAGACAGUAUUGGUUAUUGUACGAGCUUUGAAAUCUUGGACAUAUCCUAUAAUCAGAUUUCCGGGGAGAUACCAUACAAUAUUGGUUUCCUACAAGUUGCGACUUUGUCCCUGCAAGGAAAUAAGCUUACUGGGAAUAUUCCUGAGGUGAUUGGUUUAAUGCAGGCCCUAGCAGUCCUGGACUUGAGUGAGAAUGAAUUAGUUGGUACCAUUCCACCAAUACUUGGGAAUUUAUCAUUCACCGGGAAAUUGUACCUCCACGGAAACAAGCUUACUGGUCCAAUUCCGCCAGAGCUGGGCAAUAUGUCAAAACUAAGUUACUUACAAUUAAACGACAACCAGCUUGUUGGUUCAAUCCCCGCUGCACUUGGGAAGCUGGAGCAGUUGUUUGAAUUGAAACUUGCCAACAAUCACUUGGAAGGACCCAUUCCAUAUAACAUCAGCUCCUGCACUGCUCUGAAUAAGUUCAACGUGCGUGGUAAUCGCUUAAAUGGGUCUAUUCCUCCAGGUUUCCAAAAUUUAGAGAGCCUAACCUAUCUAAAUCUAUCCUCGAACAAUUUCAAAGGUCGGAUACCUACUGAGCUCGGGCACAUUAUUAACCUGGAUACACUGGAUCUAUCAGGCAAUGACUUUUCAGGGCCUAUUCCUGCUUCCAUUGGUGGACUUGAGCAUCUUCUUACACUGAAUUUGAGUAAUAAUCAACUUGGUGGUCGACUACCUGUGGAGUGUAGGAAUCUCAGAAGCAUACAAAUCAUUGAUCUCUCUUUCAAUAGUAUUUCUGGCAACAUUCCUGCGGAGUUGGGUCAAUUGCAAAACAUUGUUUCUCUAAUACUAAAGAACAACAAGUUGCAAGGUGAAAUCCCUGAGCAGCUUACUAAUUGUUUCAGUCUAGCUAAUCUGAAUGUCUCCUACAACAACUUAUCUGGCAUUAUACCUCCCAUAAGAAACUACACCAGAUUUUCGUCUGAUAGCUUCAUAGGAAAUCCAUUGCUCUGUGGCAAUUGGCUGGGAUCAAUAUGUGGCCCCUCUAUGCCAAAGUCUAGAGUUUUUCCGAGGGCUGCGGUUGUGUGUAUGAUUUUGGGCUUCAUCGCAUUGGUUGCUAUGACUGUUCUUGCGAUUUGUAAGUCCAACCAGCAGAAGCAGAUGAUGAUGGGUCCUAUGAAUUCUGUAGCUGGUCCACCAAAGCUGGUAGUUCUUCACAUGGAUAUGGCUAUCCAUACCUUUGAUGAUAUAAUGAGAUUCACCGAGAAUUUAAGUGACAAAUAUAUCAUAGGCUAUGGUGCUUCCAGCACGGUUUACAAAUGCACAUUGAAGGGGUCCCGGACGAUUGCAAUUAAAAGACUCCACACUCAUUUUCCAAACAGCUUGAGGGAGUUUGAGACCGAACUUGUAACUAUAGGAAGCAUCAGGCAUAGGAAGAUUGUCAGCUUGCAUGGCUACUCGUUAUCACAUUAUGGUAACCUCCUGUUCUAUGACUAUAUGGUGAAUGGCUCACUGUGGGAUCUUUUACAUGGGCCAUCGAAAAAGGUGAAGCUUGACUGGGAAACACGAUUGAAGAUUGCUGUUGGAGCAGCACAGGGGCUUGCUUAUCUUCACCAUGAUUGCAAUCCUAGAAUUAUUCACAGGGAUGUCAAGUCUUCUAAUAUACUGCUUGAUGAGAAUUUUGAGGCUCAUCUCUCCGAUUUUGGGAUUGCCAAAUGCAUGCCGGCAACGAAGACACACACAUCUACUUGUUUGGGAACCAUUGGCUAUAUUGACCCGGAAUAUGCUUGUACAUCUCAUCUUAAUGAAAAGUCGGAUGUUUACAGUUUUGGAAUCGUUCUGCUGGAGCUUCUGACAGGGAAGAAAGCUGUAGAUAAUGAAUCUAACUUGCAUCAACUGAUACUGUCAAAGGCUGACGAUAAUACGGUGAUGGAAGCAGUUGAUCCAGAAGUCUCAGUUACAUGCCUGAAUUUAACUCAUGUCCGAAAGACCUUCCAACUUGCAUUGUUGUGCACUAAGCGUCUCCCAUCCGAUAGACCGACCAUGUAUGACGUUGCUAGGGCUUUGGUUUCCCUUCUCCCUGCGGCAACUCGCACUAAACUUUGUUCAGCUCCACCCAAGUCAGUUGACUAUUCUCGGUUCGUGGUCGGCAAAGCGCAGCAGCAGCCACGGCAGGAGACCAACUCAUCUGAUGCUCAAUGGUUUUCUCGGUUCCGGGAAGUCAUUUCUAUGAACACCCUUUGAAGUCAAUC